GUUUUUUCUUUCUUUCUUUGAAAUAGACUCAACGCCUCAGUGCACAGUGUGGAACAGUGGACGUGCAACAAUCGCGUGGAUGUCCUCCUCGGCUAGCUAGCUUUCCACGCCAAUGCCGCUAUAUAACGCUAACGCCGCCCAGGCCGUGGUAAACAGCAGCAGCACCAAACGGCAGCGUGUACCGGAGCAUCAACACAAUCUGAGCGGCGGCGGCGCGUACGUCGGCGACAGGAGGAGGACGCAGACGCAGACGCAGAGCAGGCACAUGGCCCCCGUGAGCAUCAGCGCGGUGCCGUUCCUCCCGACGGCGGCGUUCGGGGAGUCGACGCUGCGCGCGUCGUUCGUGCGCGAGGAGGACGAGCGCCCCAAGGUGCCGCACGAUCGCUUCAGCGAUGAGGUGCCGGUGGUGUCGCUCGAGGGCAUCGACGGUGGGGGCGCGCGGCGGGCCGAGAUCCGCGCGCGCGUCGCCGCGGCCUGCGAGGACUGGGGCAUUUUCCAGGUGGUGGACCAUGGUGUGGACGCCGCGCUGGUCGCCGAGAUGGCGCGCCUCGCGCGCGAUUUCUUCGCGCUCCCGGCCGAGGACAAGCUCCGCUUCGACAUGUCCGGCGGCAAGAAGGGCGGCUUCAUCGUCUCCAGCCACCUCCAGGGGGAGGUGGUGCAGGACUGGCGUGAGAUCGUGACCUACUUCUCAUACCCGGUGAAGUCCCGCGACUUCUCGCGGUGGCCGGACAAGCCGGCGGCGUGGCGGGCGGUGGUGGAGCGGUACAGCGAGCAGCUGAUGGGGCUGGCGUGCAAGCUCUUGGGCGUGCUCUCCGAGGCCAUGGGCCUCGAGACUGACGCGCUGGCUAAGGCCUGCGUGGACAUGGACCAGAAGGUGGUAGUCAACUUCUACCCCAAGUGCCCGCAGCCUGACCUCACGCUGGGUCUCAAGCGCCACACCGACCCCGGCACCAUCACGCUGCUGCUGCAGGACCUCGUCGGCGGCCUCCAGGCCACGCGCGACGGCGGCCGGACCUGGAUCACCGUGCAGCCCGUCGAAGGCGCCUUCGUCGUCAACCUCGGCGACCACGGCCACCUCCUGAGCAACGGCAGGUUCAAGAAUGCGGAUCACCAGGCGGUGGUGAACUCGGAGUGCAGCCGCCUGUCCAUCGCCACGUUCCAGAACCCGGCACCCGACGCGACGGUGUACCCGCUGGCCGUGCGGGAGGGGGAGGCGCCCAUACUGGACGAUCCCAUCACCUUCGCCGAGAUGUACCGCCGCAAGAUGGCACGCGACAUCGAGCUCGCCAAGCUCAAGAAGCAGGCCAAGGCUGAGAAGCAGCAGAAGAUUGCCAAGGAGUUCGCCGUGCCGACUGCCAAGGAAUUCGCCGUGCCGAACGCCAAGCCUCUCGACGACAUUCUUUGCUUGUCAAUGAAUGAAUUCUACCGGUUUUUGAAACCAAACCGGCACCCCCGAAGUCAGAACCCCGCGACGACGACCUAUCAUGCGUUGCGUGCAGAUGCGUUCCCGGACUGGUCUACCACGCCUUGGUAUAGAGCACAGCAGCAGCGGCACGUCCCACUCCCACGGCAGCAUCACGAUCCGAGCGGCGCAGCACGAGGAGGAGGAGGAGGACGCAGACAGAGAGCAGGCCACAUGCUGGCCCCGGUGAGCAUCGGCGCGGUCCCGUUCCUCCCGACGGCGGCGGCGGGGGAGUCGACGCUGCGCGCGUCGUUCGUGCGUGACGAGGACGAGCGCCCCAAAGUGCCGCACGACCGCUUCAGCGACGAAGUGCCGGUGGUGUCGCUCGAGGGCAUCGACGGCGGAGGCGCGCGGCGGGCCGAGAUCCGUGCGCGAGUCGCCGCGGCCUGCGAGGACUGGGGCAUCUUCCAGGUGGUGGACCACGGCGUGGACGCCGCGCUGGUCGCCGAGAUGGCGCGCCUCGCGCGCGACUUCUUCGCGCUCCCGGCCGAGGACAAGCUCCGGUUCGACAUGUCCGGCGGCAAGAAGGGCGGCUUCAUCGUCUCCAGCCACCUCCAGGGGGAGGCCGUGCAGGACUGGCGUGAGAUCGUGACCUACUUCUCGUACCCGGUGAAGUCCCGCGACUACUCGCGGUGGCCGGACAAGCCGGCGGCGUGGCGGGCAGUUGUGGAGCGGUACAGCGAGCAGCUGAUGGGGCUGGCGUGCAAGCUCCUGGGCGUGCUCUCCGAGGCCAUGGGCCUCGAGACGGACGCGCUCGCCAAGGCCUGCGUGGACAUGGACCAGAAGGUGGUAGUCAACUUCUACCCCAAGUGCCCGCAGCCUGACCUCACGCUGGGUCUCAAGCGCCACACCGACCCCGGCACCAUCACGCUGCUGCUGCAGGACCUCGUCGGCGGCCUCCAGGCCACGCGCGACGGCGGCCGGACCUGGAUCACCGUGCAGCCCCUCGAGGGCGCCUUCGUCGUCAACCUCGGCGACCACGGCCACCUCCUGAGCAACGGCAGGUUCAAGAACGCGGACCACCAGGCGGUGGUGAACUCUGAGUGUAGCCGCCUGUCCGUCGCCACGUUCCAGAACCCGGCGCCCGACGCGACGGUGUACCCGCUGGCCGUGCGGGACGGGGAGGCGCCCAUACUGGACCAGCCCAUCACCUUCGCCGAGAUGUACCGCCGCAAGAUGGCGCGCGAUAUCGAGCUCGCCAAGCUCAAGAAGCAGGCCAAGGCUGAGAAGCAGCUGCAGCAGAGUGGCAAGGAGUUCGCCGUGGCGAACACCAAGCCUCUCGACGUCAUUCUUGCCUGAGGCGACUGCUCCAUUGAUCCACGGUUUAUAUCGUCGCGUGUGAUUUCAUUUAUAAUUAAUAAGAACAUAGCUAUGUGCGAGCGCGUGGCAUUAAAGUUAAUAGCUAUGAAAUAAUGUGUGGAACUUGAAACUAAGGCUCCUGCUAGUGUGCCUGUGAGACGACUAUGCAUUUCUUUUUAGUAAUGUGUUUCAUGUACUAGAAUCAUGUCCGUUGCAAUGGGAAAAAACAAUAUUAAUAUAGAUUUGAGUGUGUGUUGUACUA